AUGCGAAGAGAGGAAAAAAGCUCCGGCACCUCGACAAACGGCUUCUUCCCGCCCAUUCUGGCACGCAAUGGUAACUACUAUGCUUGGGGCGGUGAGACAGGUCGCAUGGGCCGUUUAGAGAAUGGAGAUCUUUAUGAGAAUGGGUAUGAGAGCAUCUAUGAGAACAACGUGGGAAAUUAUUUUGCCUUUGGACCUAUGGACAACAUACAAGAGAUGGAUUUGGAAUAUGGACCGCAGUUGGAAAUGGUUGAUGGUUCCCCAACGGGCCUUGUGUACGGUUUGAGGGGUUCGUACGGCCCCUUUUAUGGUAUGGGGGGCUCUUAUGGCUCCACGCAUCGGCCACACACGGAGCUUGGCGUGGUGGUCAAUUUGCAAGUUCCUUACUCCUUCACUUUUCCGUCGAAUCUUGGUUAUGGGAGUUCAACCAUCCGGUUAAUGAGCGAUAAAAAUGAUGAACCCGGUUCCCUUUCUGCUCCAGCAAGCCCCCCGAAUACCCCGACGCAAAUAAGUCCAGAAUCACAGUCGAUUUGGGAGAAUCUCUCCCCUGAGUCUGUUAAGAUCUUUUUUCCAGGAAGAUGUGCUGAGAGUGAGCCUGUUUUUAGCACAGGGGGCGGUGAGACGAAGAUGGAGGUGACGUUGUCUGACUUGGAUGAAUUGGAAUCGAUUGUAUGGGCCUCCCAAUCUCCGGCAGAAGAGAAAGACACCCGCAUAAAGACGCUUGUGCUUGUCGAGAAGGACGAGGACCUGACGACUGCAAGCGCCGCAUUGAAGGUUGAUGGCGAUACCAUCACGUUGAAGCAGAUGAAGUACACUCCAGACGAGGUCAUAAUUACGGACGGAGAAAGUAAGAGAGAGAUUCAGUCAAAUCUCGUCUCCAAUAUGGUCGACGGUUUUUUGCUUGGUCACAAUGCAGCACUUCUGGUCUCAUGGGACGCAAGGGCGCCAGCGGCACCGGACAGACUGGUGCUGUCGACGCUGAAGCUUAUUGUAGCGCGGCUCGAGGCGCGCGAGAAGAGUGCGGAUAGGCAGGUUUUCAUGUCGUUGACCCUGGAUUCUUUGCACGGGAAUAACGUACGAGAUCUACUCUCUUCGAACACCCCGACAACUGCCGGGCCGGCAAUUUUGUUUGGACGCUCCCCCAUUUUGGGUUCGAUAGUUCUCGACACCACCGCCGUGGAUAUCAAGACGGCCGAAGACUGCGAAAGGCACAUGAAAACCGCCAACGACAAGAGGACCGACGUGGAUCGGCUUAUUCUCGGGACAUUGCUGUUGAGGCAAUGGGACAGGAAGGAGAGGGAUGUACUUCUUUCUUCGCUAACGAUUGCCAUUUCAGAAGACGGGACAAUACCUUUUGUGGACGUGGUGCGGAGGUGUGCGGCCAAAACUGCCGAGCCUCUUUGUUGCGCCAUUAACGGACCCUGCAUUUCAGUCCACGCUCUCUGCAUAUAUGAAACGAACAUCAUUUGUGAGGAAAUGCUGCGGCACGCAGAGGAGAUUGGAAAGAUGACGAAUAAAUCCCCACACAGCGGCAGCGUACUUCAUUUUAUUGAGGCAGUUGAGGCGCAUCAGGUUGAAUUGAAUAAAAAGGCACAAGAAUCCAACACAAAUAGCCAUGGAUUUGCUUGCUUCCUUGAAAAAAGUCAUUAA